UAAAACCUUAAACUAAAGCAGUUGCUUGCGAGCGUUCAAUCGAAGAGCAUAUAAUUUGGAUUUCGCGUUGUAUUUUUAAAAAUUAUUUCAAAAAUCGAAAAAAAGAGAAGAACCCAAUUUCAAACAUCAUGACUCUCACAGGAUGCUGCUGCAUGAGCCUUCGUACCGCAGGCUUGGUUCUUGGUUGGCUGGGCUUAGCGAUAUCGGCUAUAACUAUAAGCAGCACAAUGAAUCAUCUAUCUAGAUACGAUCCCGAAGAUGAUGAAUAUGAAAGCCCUUCUAAAGCUGAGACUAUUCAGACCCUUCGAUGUGAUAUCAUAUUUUUGUCAAUUUCCGUCCUAAAUGUUCUCAUAACUGGCUUACUAAUUAAUGGAAUAACUUCGAACAAGCAUCGUUUUCUCUUACCAUGGCUUAUAGUUAAAGGCUUAGGCCUUUUGGUUAUAAUUCCCCUUGGUUUUCUAAUUCUGGCUGGAUCAACAUUGACUGCUGAACCAAUUCAAAUUGUAGCCUCCCUUCUUCUUUUAUUGAUUAUUGGUUUUUGUUGUUUAUGUUGGAUGGCAGUUUAUUCACUUUACAAGGAAAUUAAAGCAUCUACUGGAAAGCAAUUGACAUUCUUUGAAAGUAAUGCUAUUAACAGUGGAACUAUACCUUAUCAACUAUUUGAAAAAUAUUAAGACAGAGAUAGGGUUGAAAGAAAUACAGUAGAGCGGGUCAUUAUUUCGAAUAUUAUUAUUAUAAUAUUUUUUGUUUGCAAAUUUUUAAUAAAGUGUUUUCUUAUAUAAAAUUAAA